UCCGAAGCGUCGAUUUACCGACGUGUGUGCAGACGGGGAGAAGGGAAAAACAACUUUAUAUCGGAGUUGUCUCGAGAUGGCCAUGCAUUUUCAUGGCAUAAGGCUAGUAAGCAUAUAAUUUCUCCAUUGAAUACAGACGGUCGACGUAAACAACCCUCAUCGAAUAUUCAAAACUGGAUUACAAUAAUGAGAUGCAUCCACCAAUCCAAAGAAAGGAUAUGCGGGUGUUAGGCAGCCCGGCGUGUCGCUUUGUGGACAACGACUCCCAUUAUUAGAGCGGAGAGACUUCUAACCCGUCAGUAUAGCCAUAAUCUUUGAUAAAAGUCCAUUAACAAAGAAGUAGACCAGACCCAGCUGCUACUGCAUUGGUGUCUAUAGGAGACACAUCUAGUAGACCGGAACUGAUUUUUUAUUUUUUACAAAACGGCGAGUGAACCAUCUUCAUUUAUCCACCAUCUUUGGUGUGUUCAGAAGGAUGCAGAGGAUGUAAACAAACAACAAUGACAGCCGUAGGCCUGGUUCUUUGCAGCCAGACGUUAGUUCUGCAUAGUUAUCAAGGUAUAUCAGACCCAUAUCCAUCCGUACAGAACACCUGUCGGCUCUGCGGACAAAAUCUGCUCAUCAAAGGGACAUUACAGGCAACACGAAGAAUAUUUGACAAGCCCAAAGCCUCAAAGGACAAAAAGUUAUGUGACAGAUUCCUUGCCACCGGUUUAGUGCUAACUGAGGCACCAGGGGUGAAGUCGGGCAGAAUUUGUGCAAAGUGCUAUCGACUAUUUCUCAGGAUAGAGGAAUCUGUAAGCAUUUUAAAGAAAUGGCAAUCAGAGCAUCAGACACCGGGGACGAGCAAGAAGAGAAAGCGUGAACUGGAACCGAGUCCAUCUGAAACAGACAGGGCUGCCAAGAAGACAUCUGAACGGGAGCCGAGUCCAUCUGAAACAGACAAGGGAGCCAAGAAGACAUGUCCUCCCUAUAAAAAGGUUCCUCCGAGGAGCAGUCUUGUCGAGGUUGUCAUAACAUACCCUAACCAAUUGGAUCCAAAGCUGAAAAAGAGGGUUGAGAAGGUUUCAUCAGAAUUUUCUGGAAUGGUUGAAAACCUGGCGAAAGGCAAAUUGGCGACAUUUGUCAGGUUAGCCUUGACGAAUGAGACCAUGUGUCAAGAAAUCAGAAAGCAGAUGACGCAGAAAAUAGAAGCAGAGGUCAAGGCAUAUGCAAGACCCUUAAAUUACUUGACUUCUGCUGAACCGUGCAUCUUGAGUAGUACCUCGUUGGAGAAUAUGAAGUAUUUUUCAUACGAAGCGUUGGAUAAUGAGUUGUCCAGGAAGACACCGUGGCUUUAUACCACCAUCAAUACUGCAACAGGUGGUUCCACCAUCCAUAACUGUGUGGCUGCCUCUGUGGCCCUGAGAGGUAGAAACCCCAGGCUUUCUGCACUGGCCUAUGUCAUCAACUCAACACUGACCCAAGGGGGGGUUAAGCCCAUUUUCAAAAGACUCUCUAAGAUGGGCAUAACAACCACACAUAGCAAUGUCCUAAAUAAGCAGAAGGAGAUGAAGGCAGCUGGGUACGACAUCAACAUCAAAUGCUGGAGGGAGGACUGUGAGCUGUUUUUCCAACAUAGUGUCAGCGGUGAAGUCUGCCCACGACCUCCUCCUACGGCUAAACCGACAGAGGAGACCGGAAGAGAGGAGGACGGGGGGGCAGUGGAGGAUGAGUUUGAAAUAGAGCUGGACUGGGGUCCACUGGAGGAAGAGGGUGAAGGAGAUGAGGAAGAGUGGAGUCCACUGUCAGAAGAGACAGAAAGAGAGGAGGACAGAGGAUCAACAGUACAGGAAGAGAGAGGAGAGGAGAAAGACAGGGGUUCCCUGCUAGGAGAGACAGAAACAGAGGAAGUGGGACAUGCAUCAUCAGCACUACAAGGAAAUGACACACAGGAAGAGGACUCUGAUUCAACGGUGGAUUCAGAGACGGAAUACUUUGGAUUAAGAGAGUGAUUAGAGAAGUAGCCUAACAAAGAGUCUGUAGAUUACAGAUCUAGGCCUAGGCUACAUCUCUGAACAACAAUGGACUAAUCAUAGCAUGCAUCCCAAAAUGGCACCCUAUUCCCCUAUAUAGUGCACUACUUUUGACCGGGGCCAUUUGGAACAGAAUCAUACAGUGAAAUUACUCCUGUUGAGGGGGUCAGGAUGUGAGGUCUACUGUUCCUGGUGUGUAUUGAGGGGGUCAGGAUGUGAGGUCUACUGUUCCUGGUGUGUAUUGAGGGGGUCGGGAUGUGAGGUCUACUGUUCCUGGUGUGUAUUGAGGGGGUCAGGAUGUGAGGUCUACUGUUCCUGGUGUGUAUUGAGGGGGUCAGGAUGUGAGGUCUACUGUUACUGUGUGUGUAUUGAGGGGGUCAGGAUGUGAGGUCUACUGUUCCUGGUGUGUAUUGAGGGGGUCAGGAUGUUAGGUCUACUGUUCCUGGUGUGUGUACAGUGUGUUUACAACCAUAUUAAAGAGACCAGUUCAAUUCUAA